AGAAAUGCGAAACAACCCAUGAAGGUGUACCAUGCUCCUGGGGUUCAUGGCACUAGUCACUGCAGCAGUGCACAUGGUCUCAGGGCAAGACAGAGGCGGAGGACAAGUUCUUCAUCGAGGGGAGCCCGACACGCAAAGUGUCAUCGUCACCGACAAGACCAGAGCUUUCCUGUCGUGCGAGAACGGCGACAUGGUGGUGAAGGUGAACUUCUCGCAGCCCUUCCGGGGUCUGGUCUACGCCCACCGAUCCAGGAACUCCCCCUGCCGCAUGAACGGAUCGGGACAGCUCUACGUCGAGCUCAGGAUACCGCUCAAGGGGUGCGGAACCUGGCAGGAGUCUCCUCGAGUGUUCGUGAACAACAUAACAAUCCGCUUCCAUCCGGCUCUCGAACUGGAAGAAGAUGAAACGAAGACGGUCGUCUGUCGCUACCCACCUCCCCUCACUCCUUCGCCUGGAAGCAUACAGGUUGUCGAUCCGCCAACCGUCGGGCCGAGCCCGGUGCCGACCCGCCUGGGCAAGGCCCGCCUCUCCGAGCUUGAGAUCCUCAUCAUCAUCUGCCUCCUCCUCUUCCUCUCCCUGCUCACCCUGGGCAUCGGGAUCGCCUACUUCUGCCUCCGACGCCGCAAUAUCCGGAUCGUCCGGAAGCACACCAUAUCGUCUGCGCCGCCCUCGCAGAUCACCCGGCUGAGCAGCUCCAACCUGCAGGCGCCGCCCUCUUCCCUCCUCUCCUCCGUCCUGGGGCAUACGGUCCGCAUCCCGCGGGCCGUCCCGUAUUCGGCCCCGGGGCUGAGGGCGGCCUCGUCCGAGCAGGCCUAUGAGGACUAUCCGGCUAGCAGUUCCACCGCAGAGACAUCUAGCGGGGAGUUGUCCGAAACCUCGGCCUCCAGUUCGUCCCUAGCUGAAGAUAAAGUGGACUCGUCGAGACGUCUUCUCUACAAGAAGGCUGGUCCGAGGUCUUUCCUUUUCAUUCCAAAAGCCAUCCUCCGCAAGACGAGUCCUCGGAGGUGGCCGUCCGUCCACCACACCCACUCGAAAAUUGCGAGACCAUCGGAAAGGGAGGACCAGAUAGUCACCACAGUGUUGGGAUCCGAAGUCCCUCUGGUGGAGGAAGACCAAUACUGGAGGUUAGACGAAACAGAAGAGGACUCUGACGUCCAUACAACAUUCCAGAAGAAAGUAAUGGAUUCCAUCAGCGAGAGCCCCGUCCCGGUUUACGCUCAAGUAGAGAAAUCCAAGAAAGUAUCGUCUGCGAGAGAUAAAUCUCCCUUGGCGGGCAAAUCCGAAGUCAUCCCUCCGAAGCCCACGACUGUCAGCACACCAGCAGUCAGCAAGACGACCGAAGAAGUGACGAAGAAUACUACCGUCACGACGUCUGUUCGUCGGGAAGUGAAAGAAACAGUGCUGUCGGCAACGAAACGAGCCACCUCCGCAGAGCCUACAACCAAUAGAGACAAGCAGGUCUCGACACAGUCCAGUGGCAAACCUCUUGUCCAUCAUCCUACUACCACUCAGCAAAAAAUCGCUCCAUCGCCAAAGAAGCUUUUGAUCCGAGACGUGGCCGAUGUUUUCGUCACUACCACAGUGGAGACUGAGUCCAGAGAACUCAAAACUAAGACCACCAAAGACACGAUCCAGUCCAGGAGGCGCAGACAACAGGAUUUUCCAGAAAUAAGCCCGCCUCCAAAUCCACCACCAUUUCCCGAACAUUUACCUUCAAAACCAAUCAGUCCAGUAUCUCCAGAGCUUGUCGAAUCAUCCGAAUCGACGACGAAAUCUUCGCCUCCAGAGGGGUCUGAGUCAGCAAGGACUUCGCCAUCAACAGAUGGUUGGAACGUGGUCAUCCGGCAAAAGAAACCACCACCGUCAACACUGGUAGAGCAGGGGACAGAUUUGGAUUCUAUGGAACAAAAUGAAGAUAAUUCUGCAUCAGGAAGAAAAGAUGGCACCCUUUCCAAACCUCAGUUUGAUGUCAAAAUCCGCACCAUACCACCAACAGAGAUCGAUUCCAAACCACCUGACGAAAUGAUAGCCAUUCCACCUUUGGAAAUGCCACAAACUGUCAGCAGACUCAAGGAAGCCCUUAUGUCUGGAAAUCAGCUGGAAUCGAAAUCUCCGCCCACAGUAAGAGCUGCAGAGAAGAGAAUGUUUCCCAAAGCCACGCCAAAAGCUGCCCCCUCUCAACGGACGGUCCGCUGGAUGGACGAGCCAAAGCAGUCGGAAGGCUCUACAGAUAGUAGUUCCGACAGCUUUCAUUCGGCCGAAAGUCUGAGGGAAAGAUCUUCAUCUGAGGUGCUUGAAGUGGCUCCGACGUUACCCAGUCAGUGCCGGGGCUCUGCAGGGGGCCGCCCCUCCAUGCUGGAGCGUUCUAGUUCCGAGAUCGAGACCAGCCCCGAGGAUUCCCAGGUGCGUUGGAUCGGGGGCGUAGUCCCGCCCAUAGAGUCCCUCGCCAGAUUCCCCAGCACCGUCGUGGCUAGGGCCGGAUUCUUCAGUGAAGACAAAGGUGGGAAGGACCGCCCCGGUUGAUCUGGAUCCACUUCAACAAGGGAAUUUCUUCUGAACUUAUAUAUAUAGCCAAAACUCUCUCAGCUGCUUCAUGAACAUAAACAGCGAAAACAAAAAUGUUCUUUCACUGCCAAAGAACACUCCACGCAGGAAGACGGAUCUGUUUGUAUGCAUUUCUUGUGCAAUGUUUGUCAUUUCCGCCAAGCAAACUGCCUCCAAACCAGUCAAAACGGGCAGCUUACAAAAAGAAAAAAAAAAUCAAACUUACAAAACAAAUGAAAUGGGCGGCAUCCUAUUUACGAUAUAUCCACAAAGUACACUACUACAGUAUUAAACACUGCUGUCAUGCAUAUUCGAGAGCUCAACUUGACCUAUAUUAUGAUUUUAUAAUCACGUCAGACAAAAAAUGUGGAAGACAAAGGAGUUACGACUGUUUCUUUGCAUUCAUAGAUCUAAUUCAAAUUUUUGCAACCUAAAUUUAGAAAAACGUUGGUAAAACAGCUGAAAAAAUUUAGUAUCUAAUUUAAUUGUUGACUAGUUAAAAUACCCAGAAAUAUAUUUUAACUUACAUUCUAACACUUUUCACUGUGCUCAUAUAUUAUUUUCAGUUACUCAUUCUGGUAUGGAGUAAAUAAAAUUCAAAAUUAGUUGAAUUGCUUUGGGAAAUAACUAUACUUUUAACAAUUAAGUUUCAGCUCGUAUAAUUUUCCUGCGUAUUAUCCAUGGCGGAAAAUACUCCGCAAGUUCUAAAAUCAUCUUGAAGAAAAAAAAAUCUUUGUAAUCCGUGCGGAUACUACAAUGUAAAAAAACGAAAUUGAUUUGAUUUUUCAUACAAUUUUAGCGACUAAAUAUAAAACGUGAAGAAGUAAUAAUUUUUAAGGUAUAAUCAAUCUAAAAAAUAAUUUCUUAUUGAAACCGUGUAGUCACAAUACGCUUAUAACGUAAAGACAAAGAAUCAAUACAAAGGAGCAAACGGCCUGUACUUGUGCAAAUGAAGGCUCCUUUCUUGACUGUAUGGUUGUUUAUUUUACACAGCCUGGAUUGCAUAAGAGAAAAGUUCAAGCUAUGUAAAAUAAACAACCUUACAGGCAGCAAAACGGUCUCAAUUUGUGAAUUCUGUUGCAAAUGGAGGUUCAACGCAUUGGCGUUGAGAAAAGAAAAAGCAUAGAUAAUCCGCAGCUCAUUCACUUUCCACCGUUUUAAAAGAUAAUACGCAAAAAAAUAAAAUAAAAUUUUUUUUUUCAAACCAAAUUUUUCCUAA